AUGUCUGAGAUAGUCAGCGAGGCUUGGAGAAAAUACCUUAUACAACUUCACUCCCACCCUCUUAGGACCAAGGCAAUUACAGCAGGAAUUUCGGUCGGGCUUAGUGAUGGAAUAGCCCAGAAGAUCUCUGGGAUCAAGCUUCAACUCAGAAGACUGUUUCUUAUGAUGCUCUAUGGGUUUGCAUAUACCGGGCCGUUUGGACACUUUCUCCACAAACUAAUGGAUAUAAUAUUCAGGGCAAAGAAGGACAAUAAAACUAUCGCAAAGAAGGUUUUGCUGGAGCAGUUAACUUCAUCUCCUUGGAACAACAUGUUUUUCAUGAUGUAUUAUGGCUUGGUGAUUGAAGGAAGACUAUGGAGUUUAGUCAGGACGAAAGUUCGGAAGGACUACCCCUCUGUACAUUUGACUGCAUGGAAGUUUUGGCCUAUUGUUGGUUGGGUGAACUACCAGUAUAUGCCUCUGCAGUUUCGGGUUUUGUUUCACAGCUUCAUUGCUUCAUGCUGGUAA